UUGAUUGUAUUAACUUUAUUGCACUUGAUGGACGUAUAAAAAAUGUCUCACGGAAAGAUCGUACUUAUGGCCUGUGGCAGUUUCAGCCCUCCGACAUACAUGCACAUGCGAAUGUUUGAAAUAGCAAGAGAUUCCAUUCAAGCUAUGGGUCUGGGCACAGUUGUGGGAGGCAUUGUAUCACCAGUACAUGAUGCUUAUGGCAAAAAAGACUUGGCUAAUUCAACUCAUAGACUGGCGAUGCUGAAACACGCGCUGCGGUCCUCAUCGUGGAUCAAGGUGUCGGAGUGGGAAGUACAGCAGAGCGGAUGGUCGCGGACCAGAGUCUCACUGCAGUACCACCAGGAUACAAUAAACAGUCACAUUUACCAAAUAGAUAAUGCAGAACCACCACCAUGGUUACCUGACGACGUUCUCAAUGUGAACAAUAUGAACAACAAUGAUGAAAGAGAUAGCGUUAUGGACAAGAUACACGAUUGUAGAGAUGCAAGAGUUACAGUUAAGUUGCUGUGUGGAGGUGAUUUGCUGGAGUCUUUUGCAAAACCUGGACUUUGGAGUGACGAUGACAUAGAGAAUAUCGUUGGUCGUCACGGCAUAGUGGUAGUUACGCGAGUGGGCAGCGAUCCCGGAAAGUUUAUAUACGACUCCGACGUACUUAGUAAAUACAGAAGAAACAUAAUCCUCGUAUCUAAUUACAUUCUCAACGAGAUAAGUUCAUCGACGAUUCGACUCUUGUUUCGGCGCGGAGAAAGCGCAAAGUAUCUAAUAGAUGAUGGAGUACUGUCUUACAUAAGAACACACAAGCUAUAUGGUUCGGAUUCGUCGCAAAGUGCACCGGAUGCCCGCUGUAGCUGUCAUGUUGCGCCCCCCACGACGCGUCUUGAGAGUCGUGUCGACAACACGUCGGACGGAUCGUGUCGGUCGGACUGCCGCCGCGACAGUCGCGGGAAUUUGCGCGCGAACCAGAACAAUCAUUAUGAAUGAUUUUUAUAAUUUAUUAUUUUAAUAACUAGUGUUUUUUAAUUGUUGAUUGUUUUGAUACUUACUGUGUAAAUAUUCGUAGUGAAAUACAGCCUUAAACUUUUAAAGGGGAUCAGCGUCUAGCUGCACUAUGUAUUUGGAUCGAUAGAUUCAGAUUAAUAGCAUUUAUUGUGAUGCAACUUAGUUUUAAAAGCACGUGCAAAAAAUUUUGUGCUACACGAUGAUUAAAACAUUACCCCAUGGCGUCGACGUAGUACUGAAACAUAAGUAGAUAGCUUAGUGAUCAACAAAUUUGGGAAGUUGCAAUAUUUGUAUACUUUAUUUUUGUUAACACUGUUUAAUGUUGUUUCAUUGUUAUUAUUGAGCCGUGGUUUACACAGAACUGCAUAAGAUGAACUUAAGGUAGUAGACUUAAGGUUGUAUAAGUGCUUCACGUGAUGGUGAAAUAAAUUUGACGGUUUUUCUUAAUGUUUACCUCUAGAGUGUAACAAAAAAUACUAAGAUAUUUUAGCUAGUGACCGUACUUGAGUAAUAAAAAAAAUUACCUACCCUACCGAAAACAUUUUUAUUGGUUGAUCAGAGCAGUUAAUCCAUGUUAUGAAAAAACUGCGUAUUCUUUGACGGCGAUAUCUGCACAUAAGCCAUGCUUAUGUCCGUAUUAGUAAACAGAUUCCAAGUCCGGUAGGUAUUAAGUGCGUAUCGGUUGAGAUCUCAAUAUGAAUUUCAAAUACUCUUAUAUGUAAUCAAAUAUCUUGUAAUAGUCUAUAUAUAAUCAUCGGUUUCUUUCCUGACACUAUUGCAAGUUAUCAAGAUCCUGCAAUUUAUUGACUAGCAUUAUAACUGUUGAGUGAUGUUUAUUAAUAAGUUGAACUAUUGUCAGCUUUCAAAUAAUGCGUUAUGGUUGAUAUGUACUUAAGUUAUACUUAUUAAUAAAGACUGUUGACUUAAGUAAGAUCUUAAUGUCGAUCCAGCACUGGAGAUGGAUUUAUUAAUACGAUCCUUAGUCUUAUUACGGCACAAAAAUGGUUUGUGUAUGUGAGUACAAUACAAAACUUUGUGUACACAACAUUAAAUGAUGAUAACGCAUGGUUACAGUACCAUGGUUAUAUAUACCAUGAUAAUGCAAGUUAAUCAAAGCUUUUAUUAAGGCUGUUUUGGGGUUUCGUAUACCACGUGUUAUGUGCUUUAUUAGCUUUUCAGCACUUUUAUAUAAAGAUGCUGUGUAGAAGCGUGCCGUCAAGUGAGUUUGAGCCCUUACAGGCCAUUUUAUGCAAUUCGCUUUAUGCUGUUUUAUUAUAAAUACUCAAUUACCUACAUGUUAUCUUCUAGCUUAUUGCCUUAGCCAUUGAUAGUAGAAAUAUCCUAUGAAAACCUCGUACAUGCGUUCGCAAUGCAAUUUAGCUACAUCUAUAUACUUCAAGCUUCGCUAGGUGCUUGCAUAUAAAGGUAUUACAUAAAAUUAUAAACGUAUGAACAGAUACGUAACAAAAAUACCAGUGUAAUCCCUGAACCUCGUCGAGAUAUUUGACUUGGAUCAUUUAGUACAGGUCAUUAAUUAGCACACGGGAGCCAGCUUGGUUUUUUCAAGAUAAUUUCUGGAGAAUGACGUGAGAGAACACAAAAGUUAAACAAAAACCUAAAUAGUAGUACAGGUAUCAAGUUUUAUUUCACUCUUUUUAAUCAAAAUUACCUUGUCAUAGAACUUGCUUCUGUAAUAUAUCUGUUUAGAGUUUAAAAUAAAUUGUGAUAGUCAGCAUGCCGUAAGAUAUUUAAGUACCUAUGUGCAUUGUCUCUAUAUUUGCAUGGUCUAUGUCGUAUGAAUGACCGGUUUUUUUACCGCAUACCUUUCAUUUUGAAAAUGGUUUCAUACUUCGAUAGUGGCGCGUUAUGAUCACUUCUGACUUCGAACUGACAAAAUAGGUAAGACGGCGACGUAGUGACAAAGUCUUACAGUUAGUUAAAUUACAUUUAUAUAAUAAGCAGUGAUUUCUAUUAAAAGUCUGAUUUCAAUUCCGAAUAAAUUUGCAUAAAUCCAAUAAGUAUUUCCAUGCUUAUUAAUGGAAAAAAUAUAUUACAGCAAAUCGAUGCGGUAUUUUUACCAUCGUUCCUAGGGCGGCAAUGCCUUCACUAGAAUCGGCAAUCUACCGGUUUGCUUACCGCCGCCGCAUCGUGCCAGAAUUCCAAAAAACAGUACAGUUUUAAAUUAAAUUUGUUAAAACUAAUAUAAAUUUAGUCGGCUUUAUUUCAUUUAGCAAUUUUGUAAGUCAUACAUAAAUUCAAAGAUUUUUUUCUUUCAUUCAUACAUAAAAUCUAAGCAGAAAGAUUGAAUUCUAAAAAACAAUUGUUAAUUAUAAGAUAUUUAAUUGCAUACUUAACGACCCUGUAACACAAUAUACUACUUCAUAUAACUCGUCGCUGUCUCGCGGUGUUCUUUUACUUUGCCUACAGGAUUCUAUCGAAAUUUACUAUCAGGUCAGAACUGGAAAGGCUUUUUAAAAAAUUAGUUCUGUGUUUUGUAUUGUUCUUUAAGAGCUAAAGUAGACACUCGACUAUUUAAUUGGUGUGCAAGUGUGAGUAAGCACUAAUCCAUCAUAACGAAAACAUAUACCGAUACCACGAGUUUACAGAGUUGACCUCGCUAGUUAUCAAGUAGAAUAUUUGUAGUAUGGUGAAUUUUAAUUCCAAUUGUGACCGCUAGGGGCGCUGUGUUGACAAGCAGUCUAUAGACAGCAUUGUUAAUUAUUAAUCUAGCUUUUGUUGUUCCUGUUUAGUGCGAGUCUCUCUCUUACCAAGAACAAUAAGACAAAGCUCGGCAUAACUGCAUCCAACAAAUAGCUCGUGUAAUGUUGCAAAAUGAAA